GGCCUAUCCGUGCCAGCAAGGUGUGUGGCAUAUCGUGCCCAGUUGAGUCGGAGCGCACCGCCUGUACGGGACGAUCUUACCGCAGCUCACCGCCUCCUGGGAAACUUCAAGUCUUCCUGAGGACUGUGAAAAAUUACAUCUAUUUCAAGAAACAAGUCAGUUGCUUGGAGCCUAUCGUUUCAGCAUGCCGGCCACUCUCUCCGUGUUCGCCUCCCUCGUCAAGAGCCUCCGCCAGGUGGCUGACAGGUACCCCGUGACUCGAGGGAUGGUCACCUACUCAAUAUUGUGGCCGUCAGGGAACCUCUUGCAGCAGGGGCUUGACGGGUCACGGGAGGAGUGGGACUUUAAGGAGGCCGCGCGUUAUGGCCUCUACGGCAGCCUGGUGACGGCGCCUCUGCUUCACUACUGGCUGCAGCUGCUGAACCGCUUCCUGCCCGGUGCCUCCCUCUACCACGCCUUCGCUAAGGGCUACGUGGACCAGCUGGUGUUCGCGCCCUUCAAUAUCUCGCAGUUCUUCCUGGGGAUGUCGCUGGUGGAGGGCCGUCCACUGGAUGAAGCGCUUGAUGAGUGGGAUCAAAAAUUCCUUUCCACGUGGAUGAUCAGUCUGUCGGUGUGGCCGCUGAUCCAGAGCAUCAACUUCAGUCUGGUGCCAGCCAAGAACAGGGUGAUGGCCAUCUCGUGCGGCUCUUUCCUGUGGAUGGUGUUCCUCUCCUACAUGCAGCACACCAAGGCCGAUGACUUACCGCAAGGACUCUCAACACGCCGGGUGCACUACGACUAUCAUGACGGUCCCAGGGAGGUGUUUGGUUACAGACCGUCUACGUGGAAUUGUUCGGGGCUGGACGUGGUCAUGGCCAUGGCGUCCCAGCAAGGGACCAGACCAAUGCUUUCAUACAUGGCGACUGACGAAGAGUCGGGAUCUCUGGUCGGUAACAGUGGUGACCUUGUGCGCCAAACAAACCUUUGUUGAUGCGCUAUCUGUCCAUGGUAAGCUAUUCUACUCCUUCAAAAGUAUUCAUUGCAAAAAACUGUCUCCUCGCCUCACACCUUCUUUAGUAACUUUCAUAUUUGCUUUUCUAAAAACUAAGUUCGUCUCACACCUUUGUGGUCCGCUGUCUCAGCAAGGAAAGGACUGCUCGGUACCGUUGAGUAAAAUCCCAUUACCACAUUCCCAAAUUUGAUCUCGAUCCGCUUCUAUCUCGAAAUAGUAGGAAAUAGUAGAUAAAUCAUAAGGAAGUCUGAGUUCGGGAAGGAUAUCCUGGAAAACUUUAGUCGCAAUCUGGGAGAAAUUUAGCAGUCAACAUUACUAUUACCAUUUUUUUAAUCCGGCUCGGAUUUUUUUUUUUUUUUUUUAAUAGCAUUUCGUAAAAUAUCCAUAUAUCCGCUGUGGUUCGUAUGAUAAAAUAUCUCAUACGUAAUAGAUAGUGGAUUCCAAAAAUGUACCAAUUUAUAUGACUAGAAUGUGAAUUUCCACGAUUUGUUAUGAUUGCUGUCACUAUUUUAGAUCCUUCAUGGAGAGAACCCUCUUCCCCCUUCUCUCUCUCUCUCUCUCUCUCUCUCUCUCUCUCUCUCUCUCUCUCUCUUUGCUACAUGUUGCUACGAUGUGCGCGGUACAAUUGUACCUUUUUCCGAGCUGUCAUGAUUUCAGUUCACUAUAAGUUAAAACAUACCGCUAAAUAGCUACAUAAUACACCACCCAUGACUUGCAUCCGCUGUCCAGUGCCAGUGAAUUGGCGAGGACUCGUAGCAAUUGAUUGAAAUUGUAUGAAUGCAUAUAUGUUAUUUAUCAAAGAAAGGUUAUGUUUUGGAAAUAUGACGGCAGGUGAAUGGAUCAAAUUAAGGAUCAAGUAUUAAGUGCUAAUGCGAUAGAAGGCUUUGUGCAAAAAGUGUAUACAUUGAUGAAUGAAAAUGAUAUGUAGUUACAUUAGAUAAACAAAAGAUGUCUUUCGCAGGCUUGAUUUUUUUUUUUUUCUGUGUUCUUGAGUGAGAGAUGAGGAAAGUCCCGGGGAUGGGCUUAGGAUCCUCAGACUGUCAGACAGCCACAGUCUACAAAGAGCAGAGGUUCUUGGACUUUAUUGCUUAACGGCACACUGUCAUAUUGGACUUUGACGACGCACCAACUCCACAUUGUAGUGUGUAGUAUAUACCUAUCCAUCAAAAUUACGCGGUGUACAUAAUUACGGGGAUAGUACGGUACCAGUAUAAAGAGUUUAAGCAUCCUGGUGUAGUGUCACAAGGAGCUAUUGCUACAGAGCCAUAUUCUAUAAGCACAGGUGGUAUUUGCAACCUGAACUUUGAUAUGUAAGAUUUGUAUGAUUAUCUCAUUGUAAUUCAACUGCAUUCAUUUUGUUUUGUGAAUUAUUUAAAUUUGUCAUGUAUUACUUAUCUUAUAUUUUACUAUGACA